AUGGGGAAGAGAAAAGCUGGGGGAGAGCAGCGUUGGCUCAACAGUGUUACAGGAGCUGAAGUGGAUGGAGACGACGCUGAUGAAGAGGUUGAAGAUGGUGAUGAAGAGGUCGAAGAGGGUGAUGAACAGGAUGGAGACAAUGAUGAUGAAGACGAGGCUGAAGAAGAGGAAGAAGAUGAGGAUGAAGACGAGGAAGAAAACGAGGAUGAAAACGAGGAUGAAGGCCAUUCUGCCAGUGAUAAAGACGCUGAUGCCACUAAAAUUACAAAAACAAUUGAGGACGGGAACGUCAAAUUUACCAUGGACGAGGAAUGUGACUUUGGUCUACAUGAUGGAUCACAAUGGCUAAAUUAUUCAAGUGAAUCUAGUUAUGAAGUGCAACUUGACCGCAGGAAUGUGACUCUGGUCUACAUCUUUGAUGGAUCACAGUGGCAAGAAUUCGUCAGCGAUUAUGCAACUUGA